AUGUCCAAUUCGCCCUUUAUUGUGACGGAACACCUGAUUGAUGCGCAAUAUAUUCGAGAAUAUCCACGAGCAACUACUACCCAAGAUGCACCUUUAAAGCUCUCAGUAAAGAAGUAUACCCCUAUCGACAACCAAAAUCCCAACCCAGGUGAUAUAACCUUGAUCGCGGUUCACGGAACCGGAUUUCCGAAGGAAGUUUAUGAGCCACUAUGGGAGGAGCUUGUCGCAAGAAGUGAGCAGGAUGGCUUCCGGAUCCGCGCCAUUUGGAUCGCUGACGCCGUCAACCAGGGGGCCAGUGGCAUUCAAAAUGAGAGCCAUUUAGGUAAUGAUGCUUCCUGGUACGACAACAGUCGUGAUAUGCUACACAUGAUCAACCAUUUCCGCACAGAGAUGGCGCAGCCCAUCAUCGGGCUCGGCCACAGCAUCGGUGCAGUCCAACAAAUCUUCUUAUCCCUAAUCCACGCUCGCCUAUUUACGUCACUUAUUCUCAUCGAACCGUUUAUCCAUGACAUGGAGGACGGUGCGAGCGGCAGUUGGAUCGCUGCAGCCGCCAGGCGAAAGGAUUCAUGGCCUUCACGUUCUGUGGCAGCUAAGAUUUCUCUUAAGGUCUGGAGGCGCUGGGAUCCCCGAGUUAUUGGCCAAUGGGUUGAAUACGGCUUUCGCGACCUGCCCACGAUUCUUUAUCCUUUACGAGGGGCAGCCAGCGGUGACCGUCCAGUAACUCUUACCACUACCAAGACCCAGGAGAUAUCCAUGUACAUCCGGCCCAAUUUUCACGGUCACAAACAGCUAGGCCUGCCGGAUACUACGGACUGUCCCAGUCCCCGCCACGAUCCGCUGUUGGUUCCAGAUAUGAUCGGCAAGUUGCACCAAAAGGUGAGGUUCUACCGUCCUGAGCCACUUCUAGCUUGGCGGUUGCUGCCACAUGUUCGACCGUCCGUCUUAUACCUCAGCGGAGCCAACAGUGAUCUUUUCUUAUCCGGACACCACUCCAGAGCGGCCAAAAAAACAGGGACCGGAUUUGGAGGCAGUGGUGGGCGAGAAUACAGUCGAGUCAAGCACCUUGUCAUCGACCAAUCUGGCCAUACACUGCCGCUGGAAAAGGUUGGCCAAACCGCAAGUGCUGUAGGGCCUUGGCUAACCGAGGUGGUGCAAAAGUGGAAAGAUGAUGAACGGCGGAUUGCAGAAGGUUGGAGUGAACUACCAGCGAGCGAGAAGUCGUCCUUUUCGGAUCAGUGGUGGAAAAUGUUGGAUUUGACAGCUGCUGAAUUACCCGCCAAGAGACCUUCAAAGUUGUAA